UGGUUAUCUGAAGCCUGAUUAUCACUCCUUGAUAGAACUCCACAUCCCAAGUAUAAAAAGGAAGAAAUGCACAGGUGUUCGAUAUUAUUUCGUCUAACCAUGAGAUAUUUCGUUGUAUUCGCAUUUUGUGUAGCUGCUGCUUGUGCCUUCGUUAUUCCGGAGGAGGAACGCGUCAAUGGUGAAAACGGUUGGUACGUUCCCCAAGAAGACGGAUCCCUGGAAUGGGUUAAUCGCGAUGAUGCUGAAGCCUAUUUGGAUCAAGCCCAACAAUUCGAGGGUCGUUUAACCACCAAUCCUGUUAAUUUCUAUUUGUACACCAAGUCCAAUCCCAAUAACGGACAUGAAAUCUCGGCUACAAGCUCAUCGAUAAAUGGAUCUCCUUUCAAUGCCCGCAACCCCACCAGAAUCACCAUCCACGGUUGGACUUCCAGCAAAGAUGAUUACGUGAACUAUGGUAUUCGUGAUGCCUACUUGGCAAAGGGUGACUACAACAUGAUUACCGUUGACUGGGGUCGUGCCCGUUCUGUUGAUUAUGCCUCAUCGGUCUUGGCUGUUCCUGGUGUUGGUCAAAAAGUUGCCGCCUUGGUCGAUUUCUUGGUUAAGAACCACGGCUUGAAAUUGGCUGAUUUGGAAAUUAUUGGUCACAGCUUGGGUGCCCAUGUUGCUGGUUUUACCGGCAAGAACAUUGCCAGUGGUCAAGCUCAUGCCAUUAUCGGUUUGGACCCUGCCCUUCCUUUGUACAGCUACGACAAACCAACUCAACGUUUAUCUAGCACCGAUGCCUACUAUGUUGAAUCUAUCCAGACCAACGGUGGUACUUUGGGUUUCUUGAAGCCCAUCGGUAAAGGUGCUUUCUAUCCCAACGGUGGCAAGACUCAACCCGGUUGCGGCGUUGAUCUUACCGGUAGCUGUUCCCAUAGCCGCGCUGUUACCUACUACGUCGAAGCCGUUUCCAUUAAUGAUUUCGGCACCAUUAAGUGUCCAAACUAUGAAGAUGCUGUUGCCAAGAGCUGUGGUUCCACUUACAGUUCCGUUCGUAUGGGUGCUACCUCUAAUGCCUAUAUGGUCGCUGGUGAUUUCUAUGUUCCAGUCAAUAGCAAGUAUCCUUAUGGUGUAUUGGGUUGAUUUGGUUAUGUUGACAUGCUAAGUUUUGAAAAUAAAGUAUGAUUGAUUAGAGCA